UCGUGUUCUUGCAAGUACUAAAGUUGGUCGGGGUAAAUACGGUGUUAGUGAAGGAGUCUUUACUAAUGGAAAACCUCCGGGAAUUGGAAAGAAUAUAACAUCAAGCACUAUUGAAUUCUCUUUACAAGUUCCCAAACAAAACUUUACGCAUUUUUACGUAGUGGCUUUAAGGUCAUCAGAAGGCGAAGAACUGAGAUCUUCCAGCAGCUUUAAAAAAGCAGAAAUGUCGACGUAUGCUGCGGCAAAGAAAUCAACUGACCCAAAGCCUUAUAUUGCAGCGGUAUUUACGUCCAGCGAAACUCCGAUGACAAAAUUCAUACUUGGCGAUGGUAAAAAUACAAAUGCUCCAACAUCACGAAGACGAAGAUCAACUGCUGAUAGUUAUCAUAACGGUCCAUUAGAACCUGGGACUAGAUACCGUAUUUUCCAACGAAUUUUUCUCAAGGGUGGAUAUAAUUACUCUACGGAUUGGAGCUCCGCAUUGAAAACAUAUCUCCCUACAGAAGCAAAAGGAAGCUCAGAUGAAAGUAGUACUGGAAUGAUAGUUGGGGUAGUUAUUGCCUUACUACUUCUUCUGGUCGUUUUUACUUUACUGGCUGUUGUCUUGUACAGAAGACGAAAAAGCAGUAACACACAGUCCGGUGAUAAAAAUAAUGAACUUCUACCCGAGGAGCAAAUAUCCAGCAAAUACAACACGGUCACGGUGUUUGAAAUCCACGAUAAUCAAACACAAGAUGAUGAACCAAACGACUAUCCGCUUCAAAACAACAGCCAUCCUGAUGAGAAUGUAGACACGACAGAUUUACCUAAAAAGGAGGAGAGUUUGUAUGGAAACCAAGAAACUAUUAUAGCGCGCUCACACUUUCCAAUCCCAGUAUCAGAAUUUGAUGGUUACGUUAGCAGAAUGAAGCGAAAUGAUAAGAAAGAAUUCAAGUUAGAUUUCGAGGAUCUUCCAACUGGACAAAAAUUAAACUGGAGUAUUGCCAAGCUUUCUUUUAACAUUCCGAAGAAUCGGUUUGGGAACGCUGUCACUUAUAAUGAUUCACGUGUCGUUCUGUCGGGUAACGAAAAGUCAGACUACAUAAAUGCUUCCCACAUUAAUGGUAUCGAAAAGAAAUACUACAUUGCAACACAAGGACCAAAGCCAAAAACUGUGAAUGAUUUCUGGCGGAUGAUUUUUGAGUACAAAUGUCCAACUAUCGUAAUGUUAACGACAUUGAAAGAGAUGGGAAAGGUAAAAUGUGAGAAAUAUUGGCCUGAUGAAAGCGAAGUGUAUGGAGAAAUUAAAGUCACUGCGACAAGAAGUCGAGCUUUUGCUGAUUAUAUUACACGGACGUUCAUUGUUGAAAAGGGUGAAGAUAAACUUGAGGUUAAGCAGUUUCACUUCAGGUCGUGGCCAGAUUACGGAGUUCCUCUCUAUCCAACUCAGAUUUUGACCUUCAGAAGAGAUUACAAAUCUUACCACGAAACAACUAGCGGUCCUGCGGUGAUUCAUUGCAGCGCCGGAGUUGGUCGGACAGGAGUGUUCAUUGCUGUGGACAAGAUUUUGGAUGAUCUUGACAAAGAAAAGAAAGAUGUGAUCGAUGUCUUUGGCUUUGUAAAAGACAUGAGAACAAGACGAGUUAACAUGGUGCAAACUGCUGAACAGUAUGUUUUCAUUCAUGACACAAUAUUGGAUCACAUCAAGUGUGGGACAAAUGAAGUGGAAGCAACUCAACUCAUGAUCGUGAUAAAGAAAUUAUCAGAAAUUAACGAGAAAGGCCAGUCUGGAUUUGAACAGAAAUUUCAGCAACUCAAUAAUAUUUCGCCGAAAUUAGAAAAGGAACUUUGCGAAGCAGCAUUGUUACCUGAAAAUAAGGCAAAGAAUAGAAAUGCAGAAAUUUCUCCAACGGAAUCUGUUCGUGUUUGCCUGAAACGUUUAGAGGACAUUGAAAACUCUGAUUAUAUAAAUGCGUGCCAUGUUGAUGGAUAUCUUGGUAAGAAUUACUUCAUUGCUACACAAACACCUCUCCAAAGAACAAAAAGUGAUUUUUGGAGGAUGGUAUUCCAACACAACUCCUCGACUAUAGUCGUCCUGAAUCAACUUCGAGAGAACGACAAGGAUUACCCCAUGUUUUGGCCAACCGAGCGAGCGAAACCACAGUCGUUUGGAACCAUUACUGUAAUGUUAGAUUCCUUUGUCACCAAUGGAAAUAUUGUUGUCAGAAAAUUGCUUGUUUCUCCGUCAUCCAAUUUGAAAGAUGGUCGUAUAGUACGUUUGGUUCAGUACAUGUCGUGGCCAGACCAUGGAGUACCAGAAAAUGUUAACGAUAUUGUGAAACUUUUGUCUGAAGUUGAAGACGCGAAAAGAGCAGCAGAAAAGAAGGGACCAAUCAUUGUUGUUUGCAGCGAUGGUGCUGGAAGAAGUGGAACGUACAUUGCAAUUUCUAAUCUUGUGGACAGAGUGAAAGUUGUUCAAGUCAUUGACGUCUUUCAAUGCAUCAAAUUGAUCCGUGCAAAGCGUCCACAGUUCGUUGAGACCGCGGCACAAUUUAAGCUCUGUUAUGAAGCUAUUACCAGCGUCCUGGAAUCGUUUAACGAGUAUUCAAAUUUCAGUGGGUGAGAUAAUCUUUUACAAUCAUUUCAGUUGGAGAUAAUCCUGUCUAUAUUUGAUGCAAAUUAGUUAGGAUAGCCGCAUACCUUUUAAAAUGGGUAAAAAAGACUUUUUUUUUAAAAUACUGCAAAUUUUUAAACUUAAUUCAAUUGUACUGAUAGGAGCAAUGUUUGAAACAAUUAGUUUUAGUCACAAUCUAAAUGGUUUGAAAGGGAACUUUAAUAUAGGGGUUCGUCUUCAUGUGAAUGGUUCUGUCAAGCCAAAACAUCAAGGUAUAUAUACCCAUAUACAGACGCGAGAAAUUGAACCGGAUUACUAUGUGCCGGGAAAAAGAUACAAUCAAUCAAAAUUUUUUUAUCAUGGUAAAACCAAUUCAAAUCAUGCGUGUAUCUGGCAUGAUGUAAUAAUAACUAUAAUAUAACAUUAGUUUAAUAAAAAGGUUUCAAAGUAGUCUUUUCUCUGCUUUAUAAGAUGCUUAAGAGGGAGUAAGUUUAUGAUAAUAUUAGUAUUCGUGUAUCGGACCUGUGAUCGGACUAAUCGUAUUGUACAAGGCCCCCUCCGUGUAGUCGUUGAUAAGGGCAUAUCCAAAGAUGUAGAGACGAAAAUUUUAGCGUUCAAAAGAACGCCUUUUUUGAGGGUGGGGAGACAAGAGAACACAUAAACGUUAGAAACUUUCACAUACCCAGACAGAUAUAAAUUGUAUUGGACUAAGUCUAUUGAACCAAGGCAAAGAAUGAAUCCCUUAAGUACUUUCUGAAUGGUUAUUUGGGCGAGAAGACCAA